AGAAUCGGUAGAAUCUCCAACAAGCGGACCGUAGUUUGAGUUUUUGGAGCAGCAGAGCAGACAAAAUGCAGAGAUAGAGAGUGCAAGCGUACGUCAAGUGGCUUAUCGAGCUUGGUACGAUCUUGAAUGCGACGUCGGAAACGCUUCGCCUUGUUUGCUUUGUUUGCGCCGCGCGUCGGCUCUCUGCCGGCAUCCGACAUCUGGAGCAGCUUAGAUUCCAACUGCUCCUUCUCCAUUCCACAGUACAUUUGGCCUUUUUUGAGCGAUUCACCUACACUUGCACUGACACCCACCUGCCAUUCUUCAUCCGUAAAACAAUCUUUCACACAGAAAAAGGUUAAGGGUAGCACCUGAAGCGUUGCUCCCUUCGGGGACUUUGGGCAGACCACAGACUCCGAAGGGGACUUCCUGAGAAAGGAGCGAGGAAACGAUUGCACUCCCCAUCCAGAGGGCGAAAAGAAAAUAAUCAUUUAAUAUUUAAAUUACCAGAGCCGGGCCAAGUGUGGGCUAUUUAAAAAAAAAAAAGCAGCACCUGGGGGCGGGGAUGCUGGCUGAAAAUGGGCAUGAAAUAUUGGAUUUGAUUGUUGCCGUUAUUAAGGCACGUUUGACAGGCAAAUGAAGCUGGAUUGAUUUCGGGCCGGGCCCCGGCUACGGCGCGCGAGUGUUUUUAGCGUGAAAGAUCGCAUAAUUAGCAUAAAUCGUGAUCGCUUCCCUUCCCGGCUCCCGACACCGAUCCUGCACGCAAAUACACGCCAAAGCGCACACACAGCUGGACGUUGGCCCCGCUGGCAUUAUAAUCUAAUAUUAUAAUAAUACCGAGUGCUGAGCGCCGUGCCAGUGCCGUGGGAGAUAAAUGAGCGUGUUCUGUGUGUGCGUGUGUUUAAUGUGUGCAGUGUCGCGUCCUACACUCUGCUCGGGAAGCCGUGGCUCGGCCCGCUAAGCAAGAUUGAUACACAAAACGACCUUGGUAUUUAGGUUACUGACCUUUCCGGCAUUUACCGAUAGUGCGGCGUUGCGGUGGCGUCGGUGCUCGGAUUCGGGUGCUCAGUGCUGAACUUUAUCGAUUGCUGAUUGACAGCUGUGCGAGGCGACCACGGCGUGAUCUCUAGCUCCAAAAAAACACGGUGACAUCCUCUAGGACUCCUGUCCUUAACAUUUACUUACAAUGCGAUUAUCGAUCGCCAUAUCAUGCCGUGACAUAUACGCAGCGCCGCGUCGCUCCGGGUUCGUGCCACACUGCUUAGCUCUGCACCCAAGAAAUGACCCAACAUGGCCCAACACGGAACCACCUGAUCCAAUUUCUGUCUUGUUUUGUGUGUGUGUGUGUGUGUUUUGCUUUGGUUGGUGCAUCCAAUCUCCCAAUCCCUCUUGCCAGUUCUCAAAUUCUGGCCUUGUUCCCGGGUGCGGACCGACCGAGACAUUGCGUACUUGGAUGGUGGCUUGGGAGUUCUGACAUUUUCACGCUAUUGAUUAAUUGGUGGAUUAAUUGGGCCCGAUCGAAGGCGACCGGAGCGAAGCAGAUUCUUUCGCUGCGGCGUGCCGCUCAGAUAUCGCCGAUGCCAUGGCGGACCGUUCCGCUUCCUUUCUAAUCCCCGCCCUGCCAUCGACGUUCUGAGCUGCCUGGGUCGUUGAUAAGUCGUGCCAAUUUGCUUCGAAAGCAACUUUCGAAAAGCAUUUCUGUCGAUAGCCGCCCUACCCAAAUGCCCACGGUCACUCAGCCAAUCAGCCGCACUAAUGGGCCCGAACCAGGCUGGUGCCUUAAUUAAUACAAAUGCAAACAAAGUCCGAAAAAACAUGUGCCCCCGUUAUCAAAGUGUAAAGCCUCGUGAGCAGGGCCGGGGGUGAAUUUGUCAACCCCCGGCUGCCUGGUUGAUUUACGAGCGCGCGCGCGCGCAAAUAAAUCGCAAUGUUUGGAGAGGACGCAGUUCAGAGAUUUUUGGGAAAUUUUGAAUUCCACACCUAAAAAGUAUCGCCGAAAAAAAAAGAAAGAAAGGAACUCCAGCAUGUGACAUCUCCGACAGCUCGAUAGAACCAGUCCCGAAUGACAGCCGUCCCCGAUAGGCAAAUUGCCCGCGGUAUAACCAAGCCGGAGGUUCUUGCGCUGGGCCGGAGAAAUCUUCUGCGGGGAGGACAUUAAAUUUCGCCACACGCUGCUGGCGUGGCAGCGUUCCCUUCAAGAACGGAAUCAGCGACAAACACAACCACGAAACACAUCCCAUUUCCUGCGCUGGGCCGAUAACGCGCUCGUGAAGAAAUGAGCGACGACCAUGUGCUGUUCCGCCUUGCUUUCUUGGGCCCUGUAUCGGUUUCUCUGUGUUGUGAGAGGCUCAUGUCUGAUAUCGUAAUCACAAACCCAUUAUGCAAAAAAAACGUGCGUGCCUUUCACCCCGGACCAGGCCCGGUCGUGCUGGAGGGUCGCUAAUUCAUUUGCGUCGCGUUUGGGCCGCAGUCCAGAAUUUCCGUCCCCAUGUGACGAGCGUCUCUUUGCCCACCAGCGCGCUUUCUUCGGGGGUUGGGGUUGUAUUUUACCGCCGCUGUUGUCUCAAUUGGGCACCAACAAGAAGAAGAGCAACAGCAACAAAAAAACCCACCACACACACACACACACACACACGUACACAUCUAGCAGAAGAUUACAAACCAAAAAAAAAAAAAAAACAGUGUUUGGAAGAAGUCGCGCGCGCGGGAGUGGAUUUCAAAGAUUUAUUCAAAUCGCAGCUUAAUUUAUUUGUUCGCCAAGUGGAAAGUGUGUCGGCCAUGUAUAGCCAAUGGCUGCGAUGGGGUCAAUUAAUCAUCCCGCUGAUGUUGCUGGUGGAGUUGCUGGCGUCGACCACUGACGCACCGGACGAUGUGGCACCGGUCGGCUGUCUCGAGCACACGGUGACGUCCGGCACGUUCGACCAGUACUACGAGCUGGCCGAGCUCGGGAACGAACCGUCCGCCAGCUAUCUGGUGAACGUCAGCUUCACGGUCGAGCUGGGCAACCGGCAGGAGGAGCUGGCGAUACUGCUGUCCGGCCAGAACCGCUCCUACCAGCAUCCGGACUUUGCGCGCACCUACGAGAUGCGGAUGACGAACGUGUACACCGUGGUGUACCGGGAGACGCUCAAGAUGCAGGCGUACCACAGCCCGCUGGACAAGCUGUUCCCGGCCGAUCGGUUCCGGCUGCGCUUUCUGCUGUCCCGCGACGGCAACCUGACCGUGCUGGUGAACGAGGGCCGGCUGGGCCGGCGGCCCCUGCUCGCGGUCGUGGACGAGCGGCAGGCGCUGGACGUGCAGUACGUCAGCUUCUCCUCGCGCAUGAACGCGUACCCGGUGCGGUUCUAUCUCGGCUGCGGGCUGCCCCAGUACCGGGCCGAGGUCGAGGUGAUAGCGGACGGGGCCGGCGAACCGGCCAGCCUGCCGCUAACGGACGGCUGCCCCGUUUGUCCCGUCUGUCCCAAGCAGCGGUGCGAGGUCGUCGUGAAGGCAUGCGCCGACAGUAGCAAGGACGCGAACGGAGCGCCCACGGGCGACGACCCGGAGCGGCAGAAGUACUACUUCUACUUCAAUCUCUAUCUCAUGAAAAACCGCACCAAAACGAACGGGUUGCCGACUCGCACCACCAGCAAGCAGCCGCAGCAAGACGACGGGUUGUAGACCCGACCCCAUCAUAUGCUGCCCGGAAAUUUUGUGUGCAAAGUGCAGAUAAGCUCCUCCAAUAAAAACAAUACACCGGGCAAAUAGGCAAGCUUCGUCAAGAGGACGUGGGAGACGGGGGAUCUCACCCCAGCCAGGUCUCAAGUCUGCUUUAUUCGAUUGGUAACUUGGACGAUUGGUCCGGCACUGAAA